UCUGGGUCUAGGAAACAGUGCUGAGGGGAGGUGUGGGAGCCGGUGAUGGAGCAGCUGGAGGGAGUGAGAACGAGCAGAAAGUGAAAAGCACCGAGAGGGAAAGGUUGGGGUGACGGCCAGGAGACCAAGGUCAGGCUAAGGGGUGCUGGAGCUUUCAGGUCAAGGGAGGGAGUUAUAAGAAUACCAAGCUGAGUUCUGCAUCAGGUCUCUGACCCGAAUGUCCAACUUAAAGUUUGUCUGUAUUAUUCUCGUAGUUACACAGCGUUCAGAAUAGCUGAACUUAGCUUGUGGUCAUUCUGCUUUAGGGGUCCUCUCCCUCCACGGCCCUCCUGGAGCAGCGACCUUGGACAUUCCCCAAGUUACCUGUGCCAUCUGACUGUAGGCUCUUUGAAGACAGUGAUUUAACUUGUUCAGUUUUGUAUUUUGCACAGUACCUUAGACUGCCUUAGGGUGCUACUGCUAAAUGCACUUGUUAAAUACUCUGAGCAUGUUGGGUUACUCUGGGGAAAGGGAUGGGAGGAAGCCCCACUGCAGAAGAAAGAGCGUGUGCCCUUAGCCAGUGAUAAGAAGUUAAGAAGUCAUGUGCUUGCUGGCUGGAGUGCUGCGUCAUUCAUUUAUUUUUGGUUCGUUCAUUCAUUCAUUCAUUCAUUCAUUCAUUCAUUUUGAAAUGUGGGUUCCAGCCCAAAUCAGGGAUAUGUGUCAGUUUGUUAUCUGUGUAGUGUUGUAUCCGAGAACCUAAGAACAAUGUUUUGGGCUGCCUCUGAAGUGCUGGCAGCAGUAUAUCCUCCUUCUGAGACUUCCUUCUCCAAGUGCCCAAAGCCACUCAUACAGACAGUUUCCUAGGAAAGCUGUUGAGUCGGUGUACUGCACCUGGAGGAAGUGUAUUUUGUGGUCAGCCUACUGGAAAAGCCUUCCCAGUGUUCCUUCUCUCGUGGGUUACCUGUUCCCUGAGGUUUUCAGGGGCCCCAGUUUCCUGUUCUCCAUGAGCUUGGUUGUUGGUUGUGACGGUGGGCUGGCAUCUGACAUGCAGACUCUUGCACAUGUGAAGGAAGAGGAACUUAGCGUUGACACCAUGUGAAGGUCUGUCCCACAGUGAGUUAAUGUUUGCUCUCUGGAGCUAGAUUUGCCUGUUGUUUCAGCCGUGCUUUGAGUUGAGCAUGGCAUGACUGUUCUGAAACUUGAGAACUGCCCUCACCUAACUACCCAGUUAUAAUCCCCGAGAAGGAAUUGUGACUACUCAUGGAUGCAGAAAGAACUGGUACAAGACGUCAAAGACAUUGGUAUAGUGAGCAGCCGUGGGAGUGUCUGCCAUCACAGGGAGAUCUCUGCCCCCCCGGGGCUGGGACCCCAGCCUUCCCCCAGGCUGAAGCUACAGGCUAGUGAGGUGCCAGCCAGAUGUCUUCUCACAAAGGGUCUGCGGUGGCACAGGGCAGCGGGGCUCCUGCCAGUAACAGGGAAACGGACACGGUGGAGCUGGCAGAGCUGGGACCCCUGCUGGAGGAGAAGGGCAAACGGGUAAUCGCCACCCCAACCAAAGCUGAAGAAGAGCAAGCAUGCCCAGUGCCCCCAGAAGAAGAGGAGGAGGAGGUGCGGGUCCUGACACUCCCUCUGCAAGCCCACCACGCCAUGGAGAAGAUGGAGGAGUUUGUGUACAAGGUGUGGGAGGGCCGCUGGAGGGUCAUCCCGUACGACGUGCUCCCGGACUGGCUGAAAGACAACGACUACCUGCUGCAUGGCCACCGGCCGCCCAUGCCCUCCUUCCGUGCUUGCUUCAAGAGUAUCUUUCGCAUCCACACAGAGACGGGCAACAUCUGGACCCAUCUGCUUGGUUUCGUGCUGUUCCUUUUUUUGGGAAUCUUGACCAUGCUCAGGCCAAAUAUGUACUUCAUGGCCCCCCUGCAGGAGAAAGUGGUUUUUGGGAUGUUCUUUCUAGGUGCAGUGCUCUGCCUCAGCUUCUCCUGGCUCUUUCACACCGUCUACUGUCAUUCAGAGAAAGUCUCUCGGACUUUUUCCAAACUGGAUUAUUCAGGGAUUGCUCUGCUGAUUAUGGGGAGCUUCGUCCCCUGGCUCUACUACUCCUUCUACUGCUCCCCACAGCCACGGCUCAUCUACCUCUCCGUCGUCUGUGUCCUGGGCAUCUCUGCCAUCAUCGUGGCCCAGUGGGACAGGUUUGCCACUCCCAAACACCGGCAGACAAGAGCAGGAGUGUUCCUGGGCCUGGGCUUGAGCGGCGUGGUGCCCACCAUGCACUUCACUAUCGCCGAGGGCUUUGUCAAGGCCACCACGGUGGGCCAGAUGGGCUGGUUCUUCCUCAUGGCUGUGAUGUACAUCACUGGGGCCGGCCUUUAUGCGGCUCGAAUUCCUGAGCGCUUCUUUCCUGGAAAGUUUGACAUUUGGUUCCAGUCUCAUCAGAUUUUCCACGUCCUGGUGGUGGCGGCAGCCUUUGUCCACUUUUACGGUGUCUCCAACCUUCAAGAAUUCCGCCACGGCCUGGAAGGCGGCUGUACCGAUGACUCACUCCUCUGAGCCAUCUCACCUGAGGGCGGGAGGGACUUCCCAAGUGCUUUUAAACAUACCCUUUUUGCUGAAGUGACAGGAAGAGUCUCAGUUGUCUGUUUCUGGAAGAAACCUCUUAGUUCAGUCCGAGCAAGCUUCAGCCCACUUCCCACCCCGGGGCAGUAGACUCCAUUCCCUGGCUGAGGAAGGUGGGGUGGCCAAACGUCACCAUGCCCCCUCUUCCCAGUCCCCUCAGCAAGGCGACUGUCCCUGCAGAGUACUUUGAAGCUCAUGUUGAGAUUUUACCCCUCCUCCAACCAUUUUGGGGAAAAGUGAUGGACUGGGACUCUUCGGAAAUUCUGUUUCUGGAAGAAAAAGUCCCUCCCUUACCCCGUCCUUACUUUGUAACCUGGCUUAUAACAGGCCACCGUUUUUGUAGCACACUUUUCAAGAAUAAUUGUAACUGGUCCCGUCUUUGCAGGGCCUGGAUCUGCUUACACAGCAGGAAGAAUAGAGUCACCGACUUUGAUGCAGCCCGGCAAAUCAUGCAAAUGUGUCCAGGCUUCAGAUAACUUGAGUUUCAAUGUUUUUUUCUUGGCAGAGUAAUGUAAAAUUUAAAAAGGGGAAAGAUAUUUAAUAUUUAAUACUAAGCUUUAAAAAGAAAUCUGCUAUCAUUGCUAUGUAUCUUGAUGCAAAGACUAUGGUGAUAAUAAAAGAAAGUACAGAAGACAGUG